AUGACAGAAAAUGGAAUUUGCUCGAGUCCGUCGCCGAGUAGUUCUGCAUCAGAAUCGAGCACUCAAUCAGAAGACCCACCUUCUGAAAAUAAUGUCAGUCUACCGAGAAAAGGUAUUCUGAAGCGAACUCAAUCCACAGACGAUUCAACACCAAUGCGAAGACUGAGAACAAGUGAAUCUUUGGAUAGUUCAAGACGCGAUGGAACAUUACCAAGAAAUGAGAUGCAUUGGCUCAAAAUUGAACUUCAAGAAGUCAUUCUAUCAGAGCGUUCACGGUAUAUAUUGUUUUACUUUUUUGGUUCCGUUAAACAAGCCAUUUUUCUCAAAUCCCAGAUUAUAUCAAGUCAUCACACCUCAUUGCCUAUUAAUUUUUACAGAAGCUCCCUCGUCAAGACCGUGAGCUUCAGUACGACAGUGUCUGAGUUGAUCUUGCCAGCGAGACCACUUCCAAAAGAUAUGGGUGAAUACGUGGAAACGGACUUCAGAGCACCGGAAACCAGAAGGCCAGAUCAGGUGAUACCGAGGCAGGAGGAGUCACCGAAUCGAGCGUCUAUCGCGGUUGCUGAUAGCGACGAGCGAACUCGGAGAGAAAGUAGGCAACAAGGACAAUUCGAGGAAGAAGAUAAAGGAAAACAAAUGAAGAAUCCAGAGAAAAGACGCGAUCCGAAUCAAGACAAGGCGUUGAGAGAGGCUCUUCCAAAACUAACAGUUGAAGAUCUACCCCAAGAUGAGGAUCCAGAUGAGUUUGGAAUCCCAAAUCUUUACAAGUGCGGAAACUGUUUGGUUGGAUUUGCGCCAGUGAAAAAAAAGAAACUGAUGUUUGUGACACUUACGGAACGUUGUCUAGAGCUCUACGAGUCUGAAAAGGCUUAUCGAGCUGGAAAAUGCUCGAAACACUUGGUGGAUCUGGCAAUGACUUUCAAUGUACACAGUGAUCACUUCGACGCAAAACUCAAAAAGUGUUUGUGUUUAAUGGGUCCAGAUGAGACAAUCUGUAUGAGACCGGAAGGAGGAAUUCUAACCAUUGAAGGAUGGCGUCGAGCAAUAGUUAAAGCUGUACAUGAGGCGAGAAGAAGAAAAAUGGAUCGGAUUCCAAGACCGGAAGAUAUUUUCGACGCUUGCUAUGACAUCCGAGUUUGUAUGACCCCGAAAAAUAAUGAUAAUUAUUUAAAUGAUAUCAAGACACAAGGAAUGACUAGUAUAUGUACUAUUGUCAAGGAGCUUCUAGGAAAGAAAAGACUAUGCUUGUUUCCAAAUUCUCUUGCCAUUGUUGAUAUAUGCAUCGAACCAACCGCAUUCGGGCUUCCACCAGCUGGUUUUCCACCAUUCCGAGCUGCAAACAUGUUUAUAUUGGAGAGAAGUUGUGUUGCCUAUUACGGAUUCAAGGAUGGAUAUUUUUUCAUUCGAAUCGGCAAAGGAAGCCCGUACCGUGGAUACGAGAUCCUUUUUCAAGUGGAAAACAAUGACGUAUGCAAAGAAAUAUAUUCACGUAUUAGGGUGCUGAUUGAACGGGAUGCGGAAAUAAGGAAACAAGCUUUAGCAAGAAGAGCUGAAGCAAGCGAUACGCCUGGAAUGGAAUCGCUUUCUGUUCCCUCAACGCUUUUGCAUCGUACUAAACUGUCGCUAGACUCACCUGUCAUUACCCCAAGAGAUCGCCGUUUGCUUCUGGGAAGAGAUUGUCUCUCGUUUGCAUCUCUCGAGAAGGAUGAUUCUGCUCCAUCGUCUCCAUUCGCCAAUUAUAACCGCCCACGAGGCUCAUUGGGAAACUUCCAGCUUGAUCAUUUGUCUAGAUUUGAUCAACAGCGCGGAUCAAUCCAUUCACUCGGAAAUGUCCCGAUCGAGAGACAACGUAUUCCAACAAUGCCAAAUGCAAAACCACAGGAUGCAGGUCUUCGUGAAGUUUUAUUUGAAGCUUAUGCUAUGAAAAAGAAGAAUUCAACUCAAUCUGAACGGGGAGAAAUUGUGAUUCCGGAUCCGGAGAGAAAAAUGUCGGAUAACAGAUCACGUAGACCAACUGACGGGAAGAAAGAGGAUUCGGCAAGACCACGUCUUCCUCCUUUAAAGCUAGAUGCCAGCAAACCGUCUGGAGAGUUUUUAUUGUCUAUUCAAAAAGAAAAAGAGCGAAUGGAAGAAGCUAGACGCAAUGGAUAUGAUGGAAAAACCCAUAACCCGGACGGUAGUCUACGGGAUCCAAACAAAAAAGCUUUUCUCGACACGAUAUGCCCGCCACCUGCUCCGCCAGAGCUUGUUAUCGCUGAAAAAGUAGCUGAGCGUAGUGAAUACACUGUGAUGGGGCCUGCCGAUUGGGGCAAAGUAGAAGAAUUGAGCAGAGAUGACUACUCCGACAGUGGUGACAGCUGUUAUUCGUCGAGGAGAGGAACUGAAACUCAGCGUUCUCGACCGCUACAACCGCAUUUAGCAUGUCAGAUGCCGAACAGAGCACAGUCCUUCGGGGCCAAACAACUGACAUUCUCUAAUAGGCUUCCACCAACCGUGAAUCUGCCAGAUUCGGAGCGCAAAAUCUCGGCUGCUGUGCAGAGCUCCACUUCCAAUCAGUUGGACCUUCCAAACGAUGAUCCUCGGAAAAGAGCAUUUUCCCUUGGGAGCAGAAACUUUUUUAACAUGAUUGGAUUAAACGAUUUCCGCCGACUUGUCAGCAAACGUCAUCGCACCACGUCACCAAACCAAACAUCCACUUCUGGAAUAUCGCUGAAUUCGUCCAAUGCUUCACCAUCUGCUAGCAGUAACUUUUUGGCAUCUGCAGAGUACUUGGAACACAACAGGACUGAAAGUAUUGGGUCUUCUGCUAGAAGUAGUCCCUCCAAAGGAUACUCUACUCAACGCAUGAAUUCCCCCAAAGAAGACGAUCUCAUGUCUAUUGAUUUCUCCAAGUUGGGUAAGAAAAGAAACUCCAUCACCGACACACGACGCUUUCCUUUCGGGGGCAGUGGUCCGGGUGGCUCAAUGGACUACAAUCGAGAGAAGCAGGAGCGAGAAGAAGAAGAAAAACGGGAUAGAGAGCAGAAGGCGAUGGAUCUGAAAAGAAAGGAAAUGCAAGAAGCACGAGAGUUGGCCGCCAAAAAAGCGGAAGCCGACAAAAAAGUUGAGCAGAAAAAACAGAGGAAAUUGGAGAAGGAGCGAGAAAGGGAAAGGGAGAAAGAGCUGAAAAGGGAAAAGAAGGAGGAGAAAGAAAAGGACCAUGACCAUGACAAAGAUUUUCGUCCAAAGGCCGAUAGUGGCAUUGCUGACUGCACACCAAGCUCCAGUUUCUCUGGCAAGAAAGAUGGCAAAGACGGUGAAGGCAAAGUUUCAUCAUAUGUUGAUCCUGAAGGAUUGAAGUUUCUUGCUGACAUUAAAAAGCGGAAGAAAGAGCUGGAGAACUAUGGAACAACCACCUCAUCAACUUCGUCCUUGAGCACAAUCGUUUCAGUUGAAGAUAACAAGUAUGUGAUCAAAGCUCAAAACCUCUUUUUUCAAAAUGCGUGGUUUGAACUUUCGUUACAUUUCAGGUCUCGCAAAGGUUCCACCGAUAUAACUCAAGCCAUCGCAGCUAUAGAUAUCAACAGACGAUCUUCUGUAUGUGCUGAGCUCAAUCGCAAGCCGUCUGUUUGUACUGCAAUCAUGGAGGAGAGAGAAGGAGAAGCUUCGGAGAGCGAGUCUCGAGGAGAACCAUCUGUGGCUCCUGCUCCAGUUACACGGAAACCUGCAUCAACUGGAAGUCCGUUCAUGAGCCCAUUCAGAAGACUCAAAUUCCUCUCUUUCCGUAAAAAUAAUUAA